UGGCGGCUGCCAGACAGGGAAAUCCGAAUGUGGGAUGUGAUAUCCUCAUUUUAUUACAGUAAUCAUGCCUCAGAUUCUGUGGAUUGCACUAGUGUGCUUAGCCUUAACAUGGCUAAUAUCGAGGUGUGUGACAUGGAUGAUUCUGUGGAUUGUGAAAAAGAAAACAAAGCUAAAUAUCAAAAUAGGGAGCUUUGGAUUUUUGUCCUUAAAGAAAAUCAAGAUUCAAGAAACAGCAGCUAUAUCACUGGAAAUUGACUCUCUAUGGUUGAGUUGCAGUCUGGUAAAUAAAAAAAUAAGGAAACCUUUAGGUUUGUGUGCCUUGGAUAUCAGAAUACAGACUGAUGUUGCAGAAAUUCAAAAGAAUACUGCUGUAAGGGCAAGGAAAGAUGCUUCUACAAUGACAGUGCAGAAAAUAAGUCAACAUAUAAGCAGUGCAGUAAUGGCACUUCAGUACAUUGGCAUCCAUGUCAACAACAUCCACAUAAUACUACUGAAUGCAGUAUUCAGGCAGUGUUUGGUUCAUACAGUCCUGCAGGAGGUGAAUCUCCUUUGUGGGCUGGACCCACACAGCAUACAUUGCAAACUUGAAUUAAAUGGGGCAAGUUGCCAAGUUAUACAAAAAGUCAGUCAGGAGCAGCCAAGCCAAUCUAGAAUAGCAGAGUUAUCUUUGAACAAAACAGUGACCCUGCAAUUGAAGAGAGGAGACACUUUGAUACCAGAGUUUUUGAAACUUGUAGUACACGACCCAAGUUUAACACUGUUUGAAGAUUUACUGAGCAAAAUAAAAGAAAGUAAAUCUACAGAUGGAGUCCAAACUGAACAGCAAAAUCAAAUGCAAACAGAAUCUACUGAGGGAUCUCAGUCUUCAGCAACACCAUUGAUUCAUCUUAUACCAAAGAUAAUGUGUGUCAAAAUAUCUGAAACAGCAUUAACUCUUGCUAGUAACGUAAGUGAAAGAACCCUUAAAUGUGGCUGGAAAUUAAUGAAGAUAGAAGUUGACAACAAAGCAUUAUCACAGCAAGAUGUUAUUGGAAGCCUUUCACUGGCUUUGGAAGGUGUUCAAGCUUCCUUACCUAAAACAGAAAUAGGAUAUUUGAACAAGUUGCAUUGCCAUAUUGAGGUGAGUGAAGAGAGGAUUCAUUUGAAAAGUGGUGUAUUAUCUGGCUUCAUACACUACUAUCAGCAAGAACUGGAUUAUUGGGCAGGAAAAAUUAAUGCAAUAACAGCAAACACAAGUCAUCCAGCAAUCCAUCAAACACAACCUGAAAGAAAACCUGAAGGGAAAAACAAAAUUGUGUCAUUUAUAAAAAAUAAGACAAUACACUGUGAAGCUGAAGUAAAGGACAUGCAGGCAACAGUGACCAUGUCAGGGUGUGACAGUAUCAAGGCUGGCCUUGUGGAGACAAACUUGACAAUGAAUUUGUCUCCAAAUAGUCAUUCAGAUGAAGGGUUUCUACCAACCUGGCAAGAAGCAGAUGUUCUUCUUUUUAUUUCAACAGCAUACUGCCACCUUGAUGACCCAAGGAUUACUUUGGUUGAACUAAACACAAAGCAGCAUAUUUGGAACUGUAUAUUCUACUUGGCACAGGUCGAAAUCAAGCUGCAGAAAUCUUCAGGCCAUACAGAUGUCAGCUACAAAAUGGAUGGCAUGCAAGGAGAGUGGUCACCAAAAAUAUGUGCUUCAAUCACUAGGAUGAUGCAAGACCUGGUGACCAGAAUUCCUAGAAAGGAUUCACUGCAUAGAGAAAUGCUGCAAACAGGCACUCAUGUUGGACAGGUGACUGCUGGACCAGUCGCCUCCCAUUCACAGGGCGGAGAAAAGCCUCACCUCUUUGGUGUUACUCUAAAUUUUGAAUGCUCAAAUGUGAAUAUUUUUACGUGCUGUGAUCCAUUGGCUUGUGCAAUGUUUCGUCUGGACAAAGUAUCUGGACAGUGUGUAGAAGGUGUGCUUCAUUGUACAUCUACUGGUGCUAAACUUUCCCAGCUUAGACAAUCUGGAAAGUCAUAUCAGCUUCUGAAUUCAACAGAGGUGGACAAUUACAUUGGACAUAUUAAGAGUAUAUCCAUGGCACUCAAGACAAAUGAAAAGGAGUUGGAUCUUAGAGUACAUGAAGAGGUUUAUGCAGUGUGGAACACAAGGAUUCAUAUGACUUUCCUCCAAACAGUACAAGAAAUUAUGGAAGUUGGAGCUGUUUUUACUUGUGCAGACAAGAAGGCUAGAGAAGGCCACCCUGAGCCUGCUGAGCAAGUCAAAAGUUCCAAAACUCAGUUCACACUUCUACUCACAGUAAGGGCUAACACAGUUUUAGGUGCCCUGCUCUCAAACCAACACAAAAUAAUAUUCAGUGCUCCAGAGGUUGUAGGCAGGGUGCAGCUGCCUGAAGUAUUGAUGCAGUUGGAUGUGUGCAGUGUAGCCUUUGACCACCAUGACAUCUUUAAACUUCGGGGUGCUGUGAUAUCUUUCUUACCAAAAAGUGAAGCACUGGAAAUUGAAAGAACAGACCUUGAACUGAAAACCAACAGAGUGUUGGACAUCUCUUUCAAUAACUUUUCUGUGAUAUUCCCUAACAAGUUCAACUUUGCAGCAUGUUUUGAAGAGGUUGUAAACAUGGUCAAAUGGCUCAAACUGAUUCACAAGAAAACAAAGAGACCAUUUACAAUUGACAGUCCCUUACCCCCAGAUGUGAGAUUAUCUACAAAGAAUCUUACUAUCCAAGUUAGUGAUGAUCCAUUUGAAGUGAAGCUGGGAGAUAAUUAUGAUCUGCUCUGUGAUGAAUACAAUGAAAGUAGAAAACGAGAAGCAGCUUUGGACAGGAAAAUAGCUGAGCUGAAAAGACAGUAUGGUCUUUUACCAUCUGGGAAGGUUGAAGAACUUUAUUCCAAUUUGAAGAAGAAAAAUGCGGAAAUCUACAUUCAGCGAUCAAGGUUGCUGUAUCAGGAACCUCUGAGAACUAAACUUUUCACUUGGACUAUGCAGGAUUUAGAAAUAAUUGCACUUGCAGACAGAUCGCUCCAUGGUAAAGAGAAUGUAGUAAAGCACUUGCAGGAGAUAGACCACGAUAGUCCAUACCCUGCUGAAGGUCUGGAGUUCAUCACUCUCUGGUGCCGUAUGGUCAAUACCAGUGUGAAAAGCUGGACCAUUCAUCUCCGAGACUUUCCUCAACCAUGCCUGGAUGUUGUUGAUCUCACUGUAUGGGGAAAACUGAUAGGAGCAGAACAGGAGGGAGCCAUAAGAGCAAAAAGAACAGGCACUGUUCAGGUUGGGUCUCCUUGGGGAGACAUGACUGUCGAGAGGAGCAUGCCACCUUUAAAGUUCUACCAUGAUUUUUGUGCUGAUGCAAAAACCUUCACCAUGGCCUAUGGUGCCUGCUGGGAGCCUGUUAUUGCUCAGACCAACAGAGCCCUUGAUUUGAUCAAUAAGCCAUCUCUGGACCCAAGUAUACCUAUGCCUUUCUGGGACAAGAUCCGCCUCCUCCUCCAUGGCCGUCUUACUAUGUGUGCUGAGCAAAUGAGUUGGCUGUAUCAUGCCUCUCUUGAUCCACAUAAUACAACAGAGUUCAUGGAUUGGACCUGGAACAAGAUGGGGCUUGAAUGGACUAAUGCCAAAUGGGUACUAAAAGGAGAUCUUGAUAUCACAGCCAGAACAGCCUCUAAAUAUGAUGAUUGCAGACUGCUCCAUCUGCCAAACCUGAGAUAUGUCAUUAAGCUCGAAUGGCUGUGUCUUGGUAACCCAAAUGAUCACCAUGCUGUCAUGCCUUGUGCUCCAGACAAGGUCCCAGAAUUUUCACUAGAGGAGCAUGAUUCUUAUAGGGCUUUCAGAUCACAGAAGUUGAACAUGACCAUGAGUUUUAAAACCACUCAUGAUGCAGGUGUGGUUACUGAAAGUCCAAGCUGCAUCUUUUUUGCCAGUACCUUGAGGUGGAUGGACAAAAUUAAGAUGAUUCUAGCCAGUGUAUCCAGACCCAUAAGAAGAGGACCUUUGUAUGAUGCUGUUCUGAAGCCUAAAAAGCUGCAAUUUACUAGACACUUUCAGAAUUUCUGUAUAUCCAUGAACCUCCAUAAAUUUCAUGUUUGUUAUUGGAUGUCAUCUGCAAAGCAGCAUGGUUUUGAAAUGGAAGGUGGCUACUUUGAUCUCAAUUCAGGUUUCAACCUUCAGUUACAACCAGUAGAGGAUGGUUUGAUCCACAGACCCCAAGCCAACUGGAGUAUACAGAGCCAGACAGUGACCCUGCAGGACGCCAAGGUGUGGCUGUGUUCAGCAAGUGCAGGGGAAGAGCUGAAUGUUUCUCUUAUUGGACAGCCAGUCAAAAAAAGCUAUUUCUUGAGCGUGACAAGUGUAAGCUACGGAAGAGACAAUUGUGCCAAUAUUAAAGCACACACAGAAGAAGGGGAACAAGAUAGCCCUGAAAAGCAAAAAUUCACACACAGAGUGCAAAUAGUUGACAUGAAGGGGGCUUGGAGUAAGAGCAACAGGAACACUGUGUUUGGAUUGUUUGAUGCCUACCAAAAGGCACAAGCUUUAAGAAGGAACCUUUCAUCUGAAGCUCUCAAAGGAUUUAAAGUGGAGAAUUCACCCACACCUUUGAAGACCCGUGCCAUGUCCAUGACAGCAGGUACCCCAGGGGGUGGUACAGCCCAGCCCGGCACCCAGGUCACCCCCAGCCCACUGUCCAGGAUACAGUCAGGACAUGCACACUCUAUGCUAGAGAAACUGGUGCAAGAGUCUGAUAGCAAGUUUACUGUAUACACGGAUGAGUUUUCUCAGUCUGCUGGAGGCCAGGUAGAUAAACUCCAUGGAAUUGCAGCUUGUAAGAGCAAAGAUGUGAUCAGUAACAAUUGGUUCAUUGAGCUCCAGAACAGCCAGAUGAUGAUCAAAGGCUGUGAGACACUUGGUUAUGUAAUCGUCAGUGCAGCCAAGGCCCAGAUAUGGUCCUGUCUCCACCAGCCUAUCUGGAAGGAUGGAGAACUGAAGAGCAAGACAACAUGGGUAGGAGGGAUUGACUGCAUGCAGUACUAUGCCACAGUGGACCCAGGAGCUGAAGCUACAGAUGAUGAUGUAUUCUGGGUGUCCAGAGAGCAUAUAGAGAUUGAGGAGAAAGUGGACUCCGAGGGCACCCCAGAGAUGGUGGGCAGUGGGCUCAGUGUGGGAGGGGUGGUCAGCAGUCACGUGGGAAGCACAGGGGAGGUGGAUGUAUCAGAAGGUGUCCAACUCCAGAGAAUCAUAUCCCGUUGCAAGUGUCAAUUUUUCUAUGCCAGUUAUGGUGAAGUAGAUCCAAAUUCAGUGGCAGAAGUUCCAUUACCUUCCUCAGAUGAUUCAGAUGACAUGUUGGAAACUAAAGAGGGAGUGGAUGCCUUUACACUGUUGCAUCAUGACUUAAAUAUAUGCACUAAUCCUCUCCAGUAUGCCAUGAUAUUGGACAUUGUCAACAACUUAUUAUUAUAUGUUGACCCAAAGAAGAAGGAAGCUGGCGAAAGAUUAAAAAGGAUGCGUUUCAAGUUACAAUUAGCCAGUGAUGAGGAUCAAAGAACACCAAUCCUUCAAUUGCAAGAAACAGUAAGGAUGGUUGUGCUUAGACUGAGACGACUGGAAAGAGAGCUGUACAUGCUGCAGAGGACUCCAGAUGAGGCCUGGGAAGAAGACAGAGAUUUUGAUGAGGAUCAAAUGCAGUCCAUUGAAAGGCAGAUAAAUGAAUGCAAAGACCAGCUGAUUACUGCUAAUGAGGAGCUGACUAUUAUGAUCAGUUGUUUUACCCAAAGUCAAUUACAAGAUGUAUCACAGCUGAAGUCCUCUAAAGCCCAAGAAGCAGUGGUAGUUCGCCAUAAUGAAGUCUGCUUUAUGCAUGCACAGUGGAGACUGACAGAAACAGAUGGCCAGCUAGGAAUGGCAGACCUAGUCCUUAGAAAUUUUAUCUAUCAUAAGGUAAACAAUAGCGAUGACUCAGGGGCCCAUUUACUGGAGCUUGGCUAUGUGAAAGUGACAAAUUUGCUCCCCAACUCAAUUUACAGGGAUGUGCUUGUUCCACAAUGUCUAUCAGGGAAAAAUGAGGGUGGUCAGCAGAGGCAAGUGACCUUGAGGAUUUUCUGUAGGGAAAAAGGACCAGUUGGGGGUAUACCUGUGAAAGAGCAUUUUGAGAUUAAUGUUGUGCCCAUCACACUACAGUUGACCUACCAAUUUUUCAAAACCAUGAUGGGCUUCUUUUUUCCUGGCAAGAAUAUAGAUUCUGAGGAGCAUCAAGGUGAUGAAAGCAAACCAGAGGGCACCACUGUAACAUCACCACAGAGAAAGAGAGCCUCUGUCAAGAGAAGCCAAUCUGUAACCCAGCCAAACCAUGAUGUUGUUGAAAAAAUGACGGAAAGAGCUGAGAAAAACAACAUGUUCCUCUACAUUAAAAUACCAGAGGUGCCUCUUAGAGUAAGCUACAAGGGUGAGAAAGAAAAGAAUAUUGAAGAUGUCCAUGACUUUGGGCUCACUUUGCCUACUCUGGAAUAUCACAAUCAGACCUGGACUUGGUUGGACUUACUGAUGGCAAUGAAAAAUGACAGCAAGCGGGUAUUACUGUCACAGGCUAUCAAGCAGAAGCUGCAUAUGCGUUCCAGAGUAGCUGCUCUUGUUGAUGAAGCUCCAGUCACAGAUGUUCAGCAGGAGGAAGACAAAGCUAAGAUGUUACUAGGAGCUAAAUUAUUGGCUGGUAAUGAAAAACCGUCUAGCAAGAAGAAUCUAUUUGGGAAGAGCUCUAAGUAAAUAUUACAUGCAGAUAGUGAAGGCAUUGGCAUGGUUGAGUAACUGUUAAAAAGAUCAGGUCUUGUUAUGCCAAGUGCUUAUAUUUACAAUGAUGUUUAUGGAGACUAUAUACAGUAAGAUGCAUAGGUAUUUGUAUGCAGUUGGACUUUUUUCUAGGAUGCAAUUUUUGUCUGAGACAGGCCUGUAGCCAGGGGGUUUCUUUGGAUUCAAAUUAUUAAUCCAGCUUUAGACUACUUAAUAUUCAAAAUUAGUAAUUAGCUUUGAAUUUCAGUUGUAACUAUAAACGCAUUCAGAGAACAGACAUCCUAAAAGGCAGCUCAAUUCUCAGAAAAAUAUAAAUUAGUUCAUGGUUCACCAGAAUCUGAUUGAUAUUAAGUUAGCCCAUUGCUAAUCUAUCCAAACCAACAAAGGCAAACACAAAUUAACCUCCUUGGCAGAGGUAAUAUUUAUUCAGAAAUAAAAAUAUUACUUAUAUUAUUAAGUCCAAAGUAAAAGUUCCUUAAAACCCUCAGUUUUGUCAAAGAAAAAUUCACAAUUUCCCCUUUACAAUUUCCAGAUGAUGUUCCUGGUUAUUGGCCUAAGAGACAUUAACAGACAUUAACAGUAUUCCAUUAUAUUAUUUUAAUAAAUGCUGCUGAUUUUCAUCACCUUUUUGUUAUAACAAUAUGUCAGUUUUUUACAUGUGUUAGCAUUCAAACAUCAUAUUAAACUGAUUGUUUUAUGAUUGACCAUGCUCAUUUAUUUAUUUAUUUAUUCUUAUUCUUUGUGAAUAUGUUAUAUCUUCCAUUGUAUUUAUUCAUAUUAAUUUUCUUCUGUUAUUUCAAAUUUGUUGACAUGUAAUUUGAUUCAGAAGUCAAGGAAAUUUGCCAAAAAAUUUACCAUAAAAGGUAUAUUUUGUAUCAAUUAACAAUGUAUUACUAUCUCAUGCCAGUUAUGCAUUAUUAAAGCUUAAAUCUUAUUAUUUAUCUUUCAUGAAGAAGAUGGUGAUGUUUAGUACAUAUAGGUGAUAGUGUUUACAUAAUUGGCUAGUUGAAUGCCACUAGAUAUAAUGUUCUUACAUAUAAAUAUGUAGUAAUAGUACAGGAAUUAUUGCUAAAAGAUCUUAUGGUCCAAAUAAAAUGAAUGUAUGAAAACAUGAUAUGUUCAUUCACAUAAAGUGAAUAAAAAAGAGAAGACCAGACUAAAAAAAAAUUAAGUUGUAGCUCAAC